AUGUCUUUUCCAGGAGGAAUAGGAGGGGUUGGCGCUUUGCCAGCCGCCAUGAACCCUAAUGCUGGCAUGAGCGAGCAGGAGCAGCAGAUGGUGAAAGCCAUGCAAAUGGGCAUGGAGUCUUGCAUUGGUAAGACGGUAAUGGCAGGCGUCAUGGGUGGUGGUUUGGGUGCGAUGUUUGGACUCUUUAUGGCCUCGAUGCGAUACGAUACCCCAAUGUCACAACCCCUCGCUGUCAACACACCAGCUUCUAAGCCUGCCACUGCAGUCUCUGGAACAACGCCAACAGCAGGCGUCAAGCCAUCAACCAUAGCUACAAGCAACGUCAACUCUGCUUCUGCAGCUACCCUCACCACAGCGCCCUCUGCAUCCGCCACCGCUACCCUCCCAAAUCCAACCGCUACCGGAGUCGUCGAUGUCAAAGACCUUCCACUCCGCCAACAACUACGAGCUGGUCUGCGCGACAUGUAUCGAUCCUCUAUCUCCAGUGGACGCAACUUUGCCAAAGUCGGCGCCAUAUUUUCAGGCACCGAAUGCGCCAUCGAGGGCCUACGAGCUAAAAACGACUUGUACAACGGAGUGGCCGGGGGCUGUUUGACAGGUGGAAUACUGGCCAGAAAUGCCGGACCGCAGGCUGUGGCUGUGGGAUGCGCAGGUUUCGCAGUGUUCAGUGCGGCGAUCGAUGCGUACAUGCGUAUGCCAGAAGACGAAAGGAGCAAACCUAUCGCUUAA